AUGACAGCGAAUGUCGCAGCCUCUCUUGUGUCCGUUAAACAAUCGAUUGCAUCUUGUGGACAGUAUAUGAUGGUUGGUCGGUACGCCCACGAAAGGCCAAUGAGCCUCCAAUUUUCCUUGUUGAUUGAUGCCGGUAUGCCGGAGCCUACGGAUGGCAUCAACCAAGAUUUUUCGAGCUCCGUCUUUGCAGAGGUUCUGCUUUAA